CCGCUCUCAGGUCUCCCUGGAGCCUUCUCUUCUCCAGGCUGAACAGCCCCAGCUCUCAGCCUGUGAAGGAUGCUUUAAAUGACUUUACUGAGAACAGAGUCAUGCAAAUGGGACUAAAUCAUAGCUGUAAAACAGUUACCGAAUUUGAGCUUAUGUCACGCUUAGAAAGAAUUUAAACUUCUUUAGGCUUACUGUAAAUUUUGACCUUAGCCAGCAAAACUCUUAAUUGCAGAUGUCUUCUGAAAUUUAGUAUUAAGAAUAGUCUUUAAAUCUCUGUCUCUCUCUCUCUCUUUUUAACACCUUUUCCUCAUUUUACUUCUUCAUAGCCCCACUCUGUAGCCUCCUCUAGGUCAUUAGCCGCUUUUUUUGGUGAAUAAGCUGAGCACCGUGUACUGCAGAGCUGUAUGGUUAUUUUGGGACAGCAAACAGCCCCAUCUCAAGUGGUUACAAAAUGGAAGAUCCCACUCUGGCAGCUGAUUUGGAAGAAGUUUCAUACAUUUUACUGUGAGCUAGAGACUGAUAUUCCAGUAAAGGAUAAAGAUCAACUUUUAAAUCUCUGUGGGACAGACUGAAUUUAUUACUAAUCUGAUUUGAAGGCUGGAGCACAGCUAUGCUGCUGCAGAAACACAUUGUUCUUUCCUUCUUGUUCCAGAGGGGAUUAAUCUGCUAAUGCCCUUUAGCUUUCCUCCAAGCUUCAGUUUAACUGUGUGGGGGAGGAGUUCAGCCAAGGUUCUGCCCAUUGUAACCUGAAAUUUGCCUCCUCUUCCUACUUCUUUGUAUAGGAAGAGCAGUGAAAACUGUUUCUUCCUCCUUAGUGUCAUAUAUAGUUAGCAAUGAAAAUCUUUUCACCUUUGUAACUCCCUGAGACUGUAGUACAGAUCAUAACCUGCAUCUUUUUAAGCAAGCAUCAACUGAUGCACUAGUAACGUUCUAGAAUUCUUAUCUUGGAAAACUGCAAAGUGCUCUAGAACAGAUUAAAAAUUUGAUUUCAUCAGAUACUGAGUAACAGAAGUUGUUAAAAAUGUCACACAGAAAUUUCAUGUGAAUGCGCUCUUCUCAGGAAGGGGCCAAUUAUGGGUGCUUAGUGCCCUGUAGCUACUAAUUUUGAAGCAAAACAUUGCAUUAAAAAACUGGAAUAAAAUGUGGAUUUAAUACUGAAUUAAUCCCCCUCUUGCAACUGCUUUUAAAUAUCACUGUAGUAAAGGUAAUUUCCAGUGUAUGCCAGCUUCAGAAAGGGAUGGAGGUGAACACAGCAUCGAGACAAAUGUAGAACAUUGGCUGUACUAGUUUAAGGCAGCAUUGAAGAGUUUGUUCUGAAAGUGAUCCAAAUAUGAUAUGUCCCAGAGGUGUGGUAGAAACUGAGGUUUCAUUUACUCAGCCAUAUCACCAUCAAUUUAGGUUCUUUAAUGUGCUUGAGUAGAUGAAAGUCUCUUGGACCUUUGUGAACUUUCAAAACAGUUUCCUUUUUGGUUAAAAUAUCAGAUCUAAUUUGUAAGAUAUGAGAACACUGGAUUUGAGUGUGUGAAAACUGCAAUUGCCAGCUACGUUGCAUUAGUUAAGUUUCUGUGGGUUGUGUUUAGUUUUCUGCUGUUCAGGACAUUCUCGUGUACUUUGACAUUUUUCAGGUGUAAAAAUCACUGUAUUCAAAUGAUUGUCCCACUCUCAGUUCCUCUGACUUGCAGGAAAGACUGAGAGACUGCAAUUGUCCUCCCAGGGAGCAAUUUUCAAUGUAACACAAAGUCUUAUUUUAAAGUAAUAUUUUUUUCUGUUUUCUACAUAGAAUUUUUGGACAUAAACUAAAAUUGCUUCCACAGCCAAAUCUAGCGUCCUGCUACCACACCAAUGAAAACACCUUCAGUUUCAUGAUAAAAGCCUUUUAAAAAGUUGAAAAUUGAUAAUUUUUUUUUCUUUAAAUGAGCCUAAAUCACUCACUACCAAAUACAAAUACCAGUGUUCAAAACCAGCAUGUAAGACACUGUCAUGCUUUUACCACAAUGCAAAGAUACAUUUAGUGUGUCAUGUGCAGGUAAUGAGCAGCAAGUGCUCUCAGCAGUGCAAGUACAUAAAUCCACUGUGCAACUGAGAUGUGUUUUAUUAAAUCCAGGCAUUAAAGGAGUGAUGUGUUGGCUGCUCUUUGUGCUGUACACAUUCCCAAAUAGUUAGCUCAGGACUUCGUAGUGUACAAUUCUUUCCACAGAAAUGUGAAACCCGUCAAAACAUUCGUAUUGCUUCAAGUAAAAGAUGAACCGCUUUAGGGUAACUUCAUUAAUUUCUCUUAGUAUUCUUUUGUUGGGCUGGGGAGAAACUGUUAUAAGUAAUGUCAAGCCUUGUUCAUCUAAGGGCACAAGGAAUGUUGGAGCUGUGGAGGAACCACUCAAGGCAGAAGAGAAAAAUAAAUCUGCAGAUAUUUCAAAACAAAAAGAACAAUGCCUUGUACCAUGUGAUGUUCAAGCUAAAAUUUUACGAGGGGAAAAACAGUAUAUGUGCAGAAAUUUGCAGAACUCCCUUGUUGAAUAUGCAAGAAGCACAAAAAAACUGGUAAGAAACAUGAUGGAUGAUCAACAGUCUUCCUUGGAUUACCUUUCUAAUCAGGUGAAUGAACUCAUGAACAGAGUUCUUCUUUUGAAUGCAGAAGUUUUAAGAAAGCAUUUGGAUCCACUUCCUUACAAAGCAGUUCAAUCUCAUGGGUUGGAUUGCACUGAUAUUAAAGAUACCAUUGGUUCCGUUUCAAAAACUCCAAGUGGUCUGUACAUUAUCCAUCCAGAAGGAUCAAAUUAUGCUUUUGAGGUAUUAUGUGACAUGGAUUUCCAAGGAGGUGGGUGGACUGUGCUUCAGAAAAGAACGGAUGGAAUCAUUACAUUUCAGAGAACAUGGUCUGAAUAUCUGGAUGGAUUUGGUGAUCUUUCUGGGGAAUUUUGGGUUGGAUUAAGGAAGAUUUUUUAUAUAGUAAACCAAAAAGCAACCACUUUCAGUCUUUAUGUGGAUUUGGAAUCAGAGAAUGACAAGCAUGCCUACGCAUCCUAUGAUGCAUUUUGGAUAGAGGAUGAAGCAUGUUCUUUUAAAAUUCAUUUGGGGCGUUAUUCAGGAAACGCAGGUGAUGCAUUUAGAGGAUACAGAAAAGAAGAUAAUCAGAAUUCGAUGGCUUUCAGCACAUUUGAUGUUGACAAUGAUGGAUGUAGGCCAGUGUGCACUAUUAAAGAACAGCCUGUAAAGAGCUGCAGUAACUUCAGUGAUAACACUGGAUGGUGGUUCAACCAGUGUGGCCUUGCAAAUCUUAAUGGUAUUCAUCGUUACACAGGUAGAUUUCUUGCAACUGGGAUUCACUGGGACACAUGGACAGUGAACAAUAAGCCAGUAAAAAUUAAGUCAGUUUCAAUGAAAAUUCGGAGGAACUAUGAUCCAUAUUUCCAUUAACCUAUGAAAAUAGAAAUAUAUCUAUUCUUACAGUUAUGUGGGAUAAUGUACCAAUGCAACAUUAACAUCUUUCAUUUUCAGUUAAACAGUAGUCUUAAAACUUUAUUAAAUAUUUCUAUAACACAGUUACUCAUUUUUAUUACGAAAUGUCAGCAUUUGUGGUGGUCCCACUUGAGUAAGAAGGUCCAAAGGACAGGAUUUUCAGAAAAACAAUGUAGCUUGGUGUUUGCAAGCUUUUAUUUAACUGCCUCUUAUGUAAUCAUGGAUCCAGUGGAAAAGUUGUAAAAAGAGAAAUGCUGACUUUUGAAUGUACUUCUUGUAUGCUAUCUUCAUAUCUGAAUUGACAAGAAACUGCAGGAAAUUUUCUUUUUAAGAAGUAAUAUAUCAGUCAUUCUAGUAAUUAUAUUUUGUAAAAAUACCUUUUAUUCAUGUUAAUUUUCCAGAACCAGCUUUUUUGUCUGUAUUCCUUAUCAGGUAAGAUAAUAUUGACUUAUGUCUGCACAUAUGUCAGUUCCUUACUUGUAAAACUUGUAAUACCUUACUUGCAUAAAAAGUGAGGCCCUGAAAGUACUGUAUAGACCCUGAGUAUUCUGUACACUCAGGGCUUGAUUUUUAGACAAGUAGAUCACAAUGUGCAAGAGCUGUGAUCUAUUUAAUUUUCAUAGUCAACGUGUUUCAUGUUCAGGGUUUUACUCUACUGUUAAGAUUUGUCAUUUCCACAAUUCAGUAAUAAAUGAAUACUUGUUUUCAAAGAAAAUGAACUUCUCAUAUAAUAUUUUUGGAGUUUUAAUUUUUGGAUGUAUGGGCAUGAAAUUAUCUUUUUCAUUCUUACUGGUAUUCACUUUGUGAAUGUUCUUGUAAUAAUGAACAGAAGAUUGGAGUGGUAUAAUUACAUUUUAAACUAAGCAGUGUUAAGUGUUUGAAUUACUGUCAA